AGAGAGAGAAAGUGAGGGAGAACGAAAGAGAGAGAGAGCUAGAGAGUAAAAGCGCACCAGAAAACGGGGUAGCAAGACGCACUACGUUCAUCUGAAGACUUUUACGCCUUAUAGGCAUCAAACUUCUGAGGAUUAUCUCUCAUUUUAUUUCUGCGGCUCCUUGUGACCAUUAUUUGACUUUAAUGCAGUUGCAUUUCUCCUGUAGAAGAUUUUUUUAAUAGCCUAGUAACUAAAAGACUUUCUAAACUAAGGCUAACCACUGUAGUGCUCAGAGCUCCAAAGAGAUACCCGGACGUUCACAGCCAUGCUCUUCGAGAGUUUUGACCUUGUCUCGGCGCUGGCGACGCUGGCUGCGUGUCUAGUGUCCAUGGCACUUCUUCUGGCCGUGUCCCAGCAGCUCUGGCAGCUGAGAUGGACCGCAACACGGGACAAGAGCUGCAAGCUGCCCAUGCCCAAGGGCUCCAUGGGGUUCCCCGUCAUUGGAGAAACAUGCCACUGGUUCUUUCAGGGUGCAGGGUUUCAUGCAUCAAGAAGACAGAAAUAUGGAAAUGUGUUCAAGACUCACCUGCUCGGCCGACCACUGAUCCGGGUUACAGGUGCGGAGAAUGUGCGUAAGCUUCUGAUGGGAGAGCACAGCCUGGUCACUGUGGACUGGCCCCAAAGCACCAGUACUCUGCUUGGCCCCAACAGCCUGGCCAACUCUAUAGGAGACAUCCACCGUAAAAGAAGAAAGAUCUUUGCUAAAGUCUUCAGUCAUGAGGCUCUGGAGAGCUACCUACCCAAAAUCCAGCAGGUCAUUCAGGAGACCCUGCGGGUGUGGAGCUCGGACCCUGAGCCCAUCAACGUGUAUCGGGAGUCCCAGCGCCUCUCCUUUCACAUGGCUAUACGUGUCCUGCUGGGUUUCAGGGUCACUGAUGAGGAGAUGCAGAGUCUAUUCCACAUUUUCCAGGAGUUCGUAGAGAAUCUUUUUAGCCUGCCCAUCGACCUGCCGUUUAGUGGUUAUAGGAAGGGUAUUCGUGCAAGGGACUCGCUUCAGAAAAGCAUAGAAAAAGCCAUCCGAGAGAAGCCACUCCACCCGCAGGGCAAAGAUUAUACUGAUGCUCUUGAUGUGCUUCUCGAGAGUGCCAAGGAGAACAACACUGAGCUCACAAUGCAGGAGCUGAAGGAAUCCACAAUCGAGUUGAUAUUCGCUGCUUUUGCCACGACAGCCAGCGCCAGUACAUCUCUGAUCAUGCAGCUGCUGCGACACCCAGCGGUGCUGGAGAAGCUGCGCGAGGAGCUGCGGAACUGCGGCCUGCUGCACGACGGCUGCCUGUGCCAGGGCGAACUUCGACUGGACAGCAUCAUCGGCCUGAAAUAUCUGGACUGCGUGAUCAAAGAGGUCCUGCGUCUCUUUGCGCCCGUGUCUGGAGGCUACCGCAUUGCAACGCAGACCUUCGAGUUGGAUGGUCUGCAGGUACCCAAAGGCUGGAGUGUCAUGUACAGCAUCCGUGACACCCAUGACACCUCGGCUGUUUUCAAGGACGUGGAGGCUUUCGACCCUGACCGAUUCAGCCCAGAGCGGAGCGAGGAUCGAGAGGGCCGUUUCCACUACCUGCCAUUUGGUGGUGGUGUUCGUUCAUGCCUGGGCAAGCGGCUGGCCACUCUAUUCCUCAAACUUCUGGCCGUGGAGCUUGCCGGAGGCAGCCGCUUCGAGCUGGCCACGCGGACGUUCCCCCGCUUGAUUUCCGUCCCAGUGGUGCACCCCACCGACGGCCUCCGCGUGAAAUUCUUCGGCCUCGACUCCAACCAGAACCAGAUCAUGGCCAAGUCGAAUGAGAUGCUUGACGCCACCGUGUGACAGAUCGAGAAGGACGAGAGGGGGUGAAGAAAGAGCGGACUUUAUAUUUUGCCCUCUCUGACGGUAAACCGAGAGAGCUGCCACCAGAAGUUUUGUUAAACGACUCUCGCUCGCCAAAAAUGUAUAGUCUAUCAUUUGUAAAGAAAAUGCAAAAGAAUAUAACAAAAAUAUAUCUAAAUGUAACUAAACAUAUUGCUACAUCAGGAGAGCACAAGGGCAAGGUUUCAGAGGUUUUGAAGAAAGAUCUGGGCGUCGAAAUGGACAGUCAUGUAAGCAUCUGCCCAAUGCAGGUGUCACAGGGUAUGGCCAGUUCUGCUUUAACCAGCACAGAGCAGGUCUUGAAAUGGUUUGAGAUGAGAAGUUCAUGUUUUUUGUAUUCGGUGUGUGUGGGAUUCAAGCAUUUUUGUUUUGAGUGAAUUCAUUUAUAUGUAUAUACAGUAUGUGUGUGUUUUUCUGUGCGCGCGCCUGUGUGUAAAUACAUCACAUGUUUUUUCUUGUGCUUGUGCAAAUGUGUGUGUAUACCUGUUUGCGUGCAUGGACGGGUUGUUAUUCAGCUAAGGUUUUAGCAGUAGAGUAAGCAGAGUAAACUAGUAUGAAUGGCUGGAUUGUGUAAUUACUCAGGUGUGUUAGCAGUACAGAAGAAGCUUUCAGACUAACCCAAUACUUGUUAUAUGUGCUCUGUACAUAAGUGACAAUUCACAAUGUUCUUUUUGAGAAAGUGGAAUCGAGAUAAACAGAAAGAGAUUAUUUGAGAAAAUCAACCUGUGCUUUAUUCUAGUGAUGUCACUUCAUCUGUGUUAAAGUCAGGCUCUCAAAACAAGCUAGAGAUGGAAUGAGGGACUCAUUCCUGCUGCAAAUGAUAUAUCUAAAGACAUUUAUAUAACCGAGUCAUAACUGUCACAUGUGCUGCUUUGAGGGGUCGCUUUUUAUUUAUAUGAAGGAGCAGGAUGUCAGCUUAUGUGUGUAAAGGAAGGUUUUUCUUUUCCUGCUGCUCCAUAUUGCGUCGAUAUAAUAAGAUAUUUAAGUUAGCAUACAACAGAAGAUGGUGGAAGAAAUCAAUCAUUAAUACCAACUAUACAUCAUCAAUUUAAAGAGCUUUUUGACAUUAAAGGACUUUAAAGGCUACAGGAACUCUUCAUGUGAACAUGACCUGCCUUUUUUUCGGGAGAAGCACUUGGACUCGGGGUUCUUCCUUAACUUCCUCUACAGACUGUGCAAAGGACUUAUUAAAUAUGCCACUGAUCUUUAUUAUGAAUGAAUGAAUGAAUUAAAAUUAUUAAUGUCUGCUGCUUUCAGUGUAUCAUUUUUUUUCUAACAGAGAGUAGAUUGUUAACUUUGUCCGCAGUUGAGAUUUGCUAUUUCUGAGCUCAAAGAGGGAUUUAGCGUAUUAGAAAGCCGUGGGUAAAACAUACUUGCAUUGUCCAGUACCCUAAUAUUCUUGCUAUUAAUAUUAUUAUUGUAAUAAAUCUUAUUUUAAGUGCUAUUUUGUUAUAUUUCAGAAUAAAGUUUUAGUAUAAGUCUGUUGGUAAAUACUGUUCUAUUUAGAAUGAUAUAAAUUUCAGUUAUAUUGUAAACAGUGUUUAAAUGUUAAUAUGGUUUUAUGUUAUUGUAAUAAUUAUAAGUUUGUUAUCGUUAUUAUCAUCGCAUUUAGUUUAUAUUAAUAAACAGAAGCACUUGCGAGGUAUGUUUAUUUUGAGUGCCAUUUGACUACAUGUUCGGUUCUGUUGUUGAUUGUUGAGUUUGUCUGUACAUAUAUUUUAUUCCUUUUUACAAAUCCACAUUUCACUUAGUUAAAAUAUGAAUGUUUUUCCUUUCUUCUUUUGUUACAGUGAUUCUUAAAUGUACUUGGUAAUUUUAUAAACCCUUGUAAUAAACUAUAAUGUGAAAAUCAA